GCCAUUUUCCCAAGCUGGAGGAGAAGAAAUUUAAGCAGAACCCAUCAGGUAAAGUUGGGGACUUUUUGGCUGGCAAGAAACAGAGGAUACGAGAAAGAAAAAAAUAGAGCGAUGUUGAGCUCCCAAACCCUUCGACUUCUCGCUUUCGCAGCCUUCCUUUUCGCCGCCGCCGUGGCGGCAGACGGCGUCGUAGACCUCAGCGAGGACAGUUUCGAGAAAGAGGUCGGCAAAGAUCGCGGCGCCCUCGUCGAAUUCUACGCUCCUUGGUGUGGGUUCUGUAAAAAGCUUGCUCCGGAGUAUGAGAAGCUUGGUGCAAGCUUCAAGAAGUCCAAAUCGGUGCUGAUUGCAAAGGUGGAUUGUGAUACACAUAAGAGCCUAUGUACCAAAUUCGGUGUUUCUGGAUAUCCAGCACUUAAAUGGUUCCCAAAAGGCUCCUUGGACCCUAAAAAGUAUGAUGGUGACCGUACUGCAGAAGCCCUGGCUGAGUUUGUUAAUUCUCAAGGAGGAACCAAUGUGAAGAUAGCUGCAGUACCAUCCAACGUGGUGGUAUUAACACCAGAAAACUUCGCUCAAGUUGUAUUGGAUGAGACUAAAGAUGUAUUGGUUGAAUUCUAUGCGCCAUGGUGUGGUCACUGUAAAGAACUUGCUCCUACAUAUGAGAAACUUGCCACCGCAUUCAAAUUGGAUGAAGAUGUUCUGAUUGCUAAUCUUGAUGCAGAUAAGUACACGGAUUUGGCUGAAAAGUAUGGAGUGAGUGGUUUCCCCACCCUGAAAUUCUUCCCCAAGAGCAACAAAGAUGGUGAGGCCUAUGGCGGCGGCAGAGCAUUGGAUGACUUCGUGAGCUUCAUCAAUGACCAAUGUGGAACCAGCCGUGAUGGCAAUGGAAAACUUGCUCCCAAUGGUGGCAUUGUGUCGUCUCUAGAGAAUUUAGUGAAGGAGUUUGUUGCUGGUGGAGACGACGAGAGGAAGGCGGUGCUUGCAAGAAUGGAAGAAGAAGUUGGAAAGCUCAAAGGAAACCAUGCAAAAUAUGGUGAGAUUUAUGUGAAAGCUGCGAGGAGCUGUAUGCAGAAGGGCUCUGAUUACCCAAAGAAUGAAAUUCAGCGGCUGGAACGCUUGCUUGAGAAGUCAAUAAGUGAAGUAAAGGCAGACCAAUUCACUCUGAAGAAGAACAUCCUGUCAACCUUUGUCUAAUUCCUGGGACUGAUUUGUUUUAGCUGAGCUGAGUCCUUGGAAGUGAGUGGGGAGACAAUUUCAAUCAAGAAGGCAUUGUGGAGGGCAAAGAUCAUCAAGUUGUUAAAAACUAUGGAAUCAAGAAAGUGGUUUUGAUUGUGGCAACUGGCAAUGAUGGAAAGAAAUCAAGGAAAAGGGCAAGAGGGAAGAAAAGGCCCAAUGAGAAGAAUCCAAAAAACACUCUCCCUACUCUUUUUUGGGUGCUUAGGCUAGAGAGUUCUACUAUAAUGUUUUUGAACAUUAAAACCCAC